UCAGGCUUACUGCUCGCCAUAUACGAGCAAGGGCGUGGCCUCGUGUCUGAGGCAUACGCCACAUUAGCAAUUUGUGCCAGUCUCGGCCACAUCGCCAAUCUCCAUCAAACCCCACGCUCCGUGACAGCAGCUGACGAAGAGAGACUACGGGUAUGGUGGGCUGUCUGUUUCCUCGACAGACUAGACUUUUACGCCAAUUGGAAGUCUGAACGAGCAUUCCUUGUCCAAAACUCUCACAUCGGUCGAGCCCUUCCGCGAGAGGACGAAGUAUGGAGUACUCGCCAUGAUUUCAGCGACUCAUCUCUGCCACUUCUGUCGUUUCUAGUGGAUGAAGCCCAGAGAUACGGACUUUUCGCCAGCGAAAUACAAGCCUUGCAUGCAUUACAGCGUGUCAUGCAGCUUACAAGAAGCCCGUUGGUUCAGCUAGAAACACUCCUGGACCAUGAGUCCUGGAAGCUCGAUAUGCUGGUACAGAGAAAGAUCCGAGAAACGUUAGCACUAUCCUGGAAGAGGCUAGAGCACCAACUGACCUGUGCUGGCGAGGAAGAGAUCCCUUUCUUCGCCAAAGAGUCAUCAAUAGCAGCUCUCGAAUCAGCCAAAAACAUUGCUCAAGACCUCCUUCGCAUGGAGAAGACUGUGGAUAUCCUCGAGCUCAACAGGAUGCCCCUCACAGCUGUUAUUCUGUUCCAUAGGGUUGGACUCACCGCCAUCCUACUGGGAAAACACCACGGUCGAGAUAACGGGGAUCUGUUGCGAGAAGUGAUACAAAGCCUCUCGGACAAGAUUGUCAGACGCUGGGACGUUGCCAGUGAGUCAUGGCGUUUGUUUCUUGGCCAACUGAUGGACACUAGACUGACCCUCUCAGGUCACAUCGCUUCUCAACUCCGUGAAGCACUUCCUCAAGGUCAAGACACGGGCAUAGCUUAG